AUGUGGAAAGGCUUUAAAAUUGCCAAAAAUGGAAACGGAUACGAUAUCCGUGGGCCUUGUGAAGGACCUAUUUAUAAUUGCACUCUCUUCCUCCUGAACGCAAUCAUUCACGGAUCGAGCAAAAGUUUGUGCGAGACACCUUUGUCAUUCUGUACUGAUGAUCUAUUUAUCCGUAUCAACUAG